UAUAAAUUACCUCAAGCCUCGAGAGCCAGAAGCCACCUUAAAGACUUAAACCUCCUGUUACUGCGCGGUGGUAGCAGAAGAAGAAGCAGCAGCAGCAGAAAGGAAGAAGUAGAGGCAAUGGGAAAGAUCUCUCCAUCACUCCGUACUUCAUUUCCCGUUACCGGCCUCCUGAAAAACCCAACCUCCUCUCCGACUCCGUCUGUUCCUCUGCCCCGCCAUGUUCCCUCCUCCUCUAAGAAACCCCCCUCCAAAAAGAAACAACCCAAAACCGAUAGGACCCCUGAUUCCAAUUCCAUGAUGGCAUUCAAAUCCCCAAGUCUCUCCGACGCUAAGAAGACCUUCAAUUCCAUCCUCUCCACUUCCCCUGCGCAGCAACUCGAUCCCCGUUUUCACAAUGCACUCCUCCAGUCCUUCUCCUUGGUUUCUUCCACCCCUCAAGAUUCCCUCUCCUUCCUGGACUACAUGACCAAAACCCACCCCUCUUUCAUCCCUAAUCGCUACACCUACCACAUCCUUCUCUCCCAUUCUUGCAAGUCUCCCUCCGAUUCUAACCUCUCCUCUCUCCGCAAAACCCUCGAUCUCAUGACCCACGACGGCUUUCCUCCCGACCAGAGCUCAGUCGACCUCGUUGUUCGUUCUCUCUGCUCUGUCGGUCGCGAAGACCUCGCUGUCGAAAUGGUCAAGGAAUUCUCGCUCAAACACUCUCCACCCGAUUCCUUCACCUACAAUUUCUUCAUUCGGCAUCUCUCCAAGACCAGGGUUUUAAGUAGCGUUUACUCUCUCAUCGAAGAUUUGCAGAAUUCGGUCAACUUGAAGCCUGACCUUGUCACUUACACUAUCUUGAUUGAUUCAGUUUGUAGAAGUAAGAAUCUUCGCGAGGCUACUCGGCUGCUUGGAGUCCUGCGUGAGUCUGGGUUUAAGCCCGAUUGUUUCCUUUAUAACACCAUUAUGAAAGGUUACUGUAUAUUGGAUAGCGGAAGUGAGGUGAUUGGGGUUUAUAAGAAGAUGAUGGAGGAUGGGGUCGAACCUGAUCUUGUCACAUAUAAUACCUUGAUUUAUGGAUUGUCCAAGGCUGGCAGAGUGAACGAAUCUCGAAAAUUUCUCCGUGUAAUGGCAGAAAUGGGGCAUUUCCCUGAUGCAAUUACCUACACGUCUCUCAUGAACGGAAUGUGUAGGAAAGGGGACGCAUUGGGAGCACUCGAGCUAUUGGAAGAGAUGGAACAGAAGGGUUGCAGUCCUAAUUCUUGCACUUAUAAUACGUUACUUCAUGGUUUGGGUAAAUCGCGGUUUUUGGAUAAAGGUGUGGAGCUGUACGAGAUGAUGAAGUCGAGUGGGAUGAAGCUGGAGACAGCUUCUUAUGCUACGUUUGUGAGGGCAUUGUGUAGGGCUGACAGAAUUGCAGAGGCUUAUGGAGUUUUUGAUUAUGCGGUGGAGAGUAAGAGCUUGACAGAUGUUGCGGCAUACUCCGCACUGGAGAGUUCCCUUAAGUGGCUAAAGAAAACCAGGGGACAAGGGACAGAGUUGUAAGUUCAGUUACAGUUAGACAUGCUGAAUAUAUUUUGGUGUCAGCUGUUUGGUUUUGAACGUUUGACCAACUUCUACCAUCUGUGUUGGAGAUGCUGCAGCAGGGUAACGCCGCCUGCUUGGGAGCUUCAGUAAACACCAAAAGACAUACUACCAAAUGUGGUCUCUGAUCAACAAUGGUGUGCUUGAAGGCUUGUUGGAAUUUAUUUAUUUAUUUUUUCGGCUGAACAGAGGAGUUAUUGACCAGCUCAACAGGGUAUGAGGAAGGCCCGGAACCUUUUACCCACAAAAGCUAUGAUCAUGUUUUCCAGGCAUUAAAAGCCUUUUUUUUUUCCUUCGGUUAGAUGGUCCAUUUCUGUGAUAAGCCCUCGGUUGCAUUUAUUUUGUGGUUUAUCUAUUAUAGAUAUUCAGGUUGGUAAGUGCAACGAGUUAACAAAUGGUUUCAUGAAUUAUUUAGUCACAGACCAACAAUUACAUAGCAUCCUGUUAGUCCAUGUUUAGACCUCAAUCAUGGUUUCAUUCUGCAAAUAUAAUUGUAAAAUACUAGGCCAGGUGUGCAAUGACAGAAAUAUCAAAAUGUCUCAGUUGUCUGCCUGAGGUUAUCAGGUAUAUGGGUUCUCUGCGGUUGUAAGGUGAUGGUUUGUCCCGAAACAUAUGCUGCUUGGUUUAUCAGAAUUUUUGUUUUAAUUUUUAAUUUUUUAUUUAAUUUAUUUUAUUUUAUUUUAUUAUUAUUA